AUGGCCCAUGAUUUAAUUCCUACAGUUGAAAACAAAGAAGUUGAAGAUGUUGGGAAUACAAUUUGGAAGGAGUUGUAUUGGAGAUCCUUUUUGCAAGACGAAGAAGAGAAUGAAGCUGUGGGUGAUAGCUUUUAUACAACAUGUAUGAUGCACGAUCUUAUACACGAUCUUGCUCAAUAUGUUAUAAAAGAUGAAUGUUAUACGAUGAAGGCUAAUAGCUCAAGUGACGAUUUAGGACAACAAAUUCGUCAUGUAACAGGAAAGGUUCAUGAGUUAGACAUAAUAUCAGUUCGGUCUCUUAAGAAAAUUCCAGGGUUGCAAUCAAUAAUUCUCGAUAUUUAUAUUAAUGAAGAUAUAUAUAAUGUCACAAAGGAGUUUUUGAGUGUUUUGAAGGAACUUUUGUCUUUACGUUUCCUUGAAGUAAGCCUCCGCGAUGUGCAAGAUCCAGAUUUGAGUUGGGUUGGAUAUCUACAACAUCUUAGAUGCCUAGACAUUUCCCAUGGUAAGAUGAAAACAUUGCCUGAUAGUAUUUGUGAUCUUUUGAACUUACAGAGUCUGAAACUCAAUGAUUGUUCUAAACUUGAAAGUUUGCCUAGAAAUAUGAGGGACCUUAUUAACUUGAGACAUCUUUAUUUGGAGGGCUGCCAUGGAUUAAAAUAUAUGCCUAGAGGGAUGAGGCAAUUGAAACAUCUCAAGACGUUAAGUUUUUUUGUGAUAAGAAAGGAGGAGAAAGACUGCCAACUAGAUGAAAUAAAAGAAUUGGAUAUCUGCGGAUCAUUGACAAUUGAGAACCUUGGAAGAGUCAGUGAUGCAUCUAUUGCAAGAGGGAUAAGUAUGGCUAAAAAGUCGAGAAUAAUUAAGUUAGUGUUGAAUUGGAGAUCUAACGAUGAAGUUGAUGAUAAUGAGAGUAUUAGACAUGAUAAAAUAUCUGAAGCUCUAGAGGUUUCAACUGCGAGGUUGAAGAUAUUGAGAAUGAGUGGUUAUAAAGGUGUGAAUCUCCCUAAAUGGGUGGGAAAGUCAUCUUCUUCUCCAACACGUCUUAAGAGUAAUGAUAAUAGUGCUAUUAAAGAUGACAAAGAAAUGAUAGUACUAUUCCCUCUGCUAGAGAAACUUGAUCUCUCUAACAUGGAGAAUUUGAGGGAAUUGGUGUCUCCUACUAUUCCUAGUAUUGGAGCAUUCACUAAUCUAUGCACGCUCGACAUAUAUUAUUGCCCAAAGCUAGGAGCCUUGCCACCUCAUCUCAAAUCGCUAAAAAGUGUAAGUAUUCUUGGUGAAUGUUCGGAUGAGUUGAUAAAUAGCAUGUCGAAUCUUAGUGCUCUCACUAGUCUCUCCGUUCAAAAAAUGAAAGAAAGAAGUGUUUUAUUUCCGGGUGCUAAGGCAUUAAUGUUUGAUGAUGAGAUACCAUCAUCGUCAAGUCAAAUCCUUGAGGACAAUAAUAAUAAUGAAGCACAAGUAGGAGUACACUCAACAUUCAAUUCUCUUCAAUCUCUGGAAAUUGUUUGGUGCCUCAAGUUAAGGCGUCUGUUUAAUGAAGGACUGAUAAUGCAACAAAAUCAAGGAGAAACAGAAAGAACAAGAGGUCUCAGCAAUUUGAGUAUUUUGAGUUGCCCCGAGUUUAUGAUAACAGUUGAGGAAUUUGAAAACCUCAAUAUUAGUAAUUCACUACGGAUCCUUGGUUGUUCUACGUUGGUGUCUUCAAAAGAAGGGGACGCACUUCUACGUUCCCUUCAAACCAAACUUGGUCGUCAGAAGUUCAUAGUACCCGCGUUAAAGGAAUAG